CAGACCGCGAGAUAUAAAGUCGACCCGCCCCUUCGCUCGGGGGCCGGAGGGCACACGAGCGAGAGCCAUGGCUUCCUCCUCUCCCAUAUCCGCUGCGGCGACCACGGCGGCGGCGACGACGACGUCUCCUUAUCUCUCCCCCGCUCCGCACCUCCGUCUCCGCGUCGGCUCUUCCGGUGGCUGCCCGAGGGCCACCCUGCGAACCCGCCCCAUCGCGGGACGACGCUCGUCAUCCGGUCUCCGCGCUUCUUGCCGCCUCCCCCCCUCUCCUCUCCAGCGGACAUGCUCACUUUUUAGUGAAAAGAAGAAGUCACUUGCUGCUACAAAAUGCAGUCAUGGAGUAGCUGUUACAAAGCUUUCUCCUAGACACAUGUAUCCUAUAUCUUGCUUCCGAGCACACAAUAGAUGUGGGAAUUUCUGGAAGAGAUACACACCAGGCUUCUUUGUGGACACAUCAUCCUGUCAGUUUCAGAGACAUUUAUUUGGGAGUAGAUCAGUGAAAUUGGCACAUGUUUCACAUGCUUUAGGCCCCGAGGAACCACAUGUUGCAAGUACAUGGUCAGAUACUGUGCUUGAGAAGCCAGGUUUAAGUUUCUUGGAUCUGGAAUCUGAAAAAGCAGAACUUGAAGGAUUUCUAAAUUCUCCACUUCCUUCUCAUCCAAGACUUCACCGAGGACAACUCAAAAAUGGUCUUCGAUAUAUUAUUCUUCCAAAUAAAGUUCCAGCAAACAGGUUUGAGGCACAUAUGGAAGUUCAUGUUGGAUCUAUUGACGAGGAAGAGGACGAGCAAGGCAUUGCACAUAUGAUUGAGCAUGUGGCAUUUCUUGGUAGUAAAAAGCGUGAAAAACUUCUUGGAACUGGAGCCAGAUCUAAUGCAUAUACGGAUUUCCACCACACGGUGUUUCACAUUCAUUCACCGACUACUACAAAGGUGAACAUGAUAGUUCAAGGGGAAAUUGAAUUCAAUAUUAAGUGUUCAAAUUUUUAG